AUGGCUGCCGGGCUGGCCUUAGCCCGCCCACGACUCUUGAAUCCCAACAAUCCCAUUAGGAGUCUAUCACUAGCGUUCUGGUUAUGGAAGGCUCUUCUGUUUCUGGUUAUCAUUGGUUGCCCGGGGCCUGGUUAUGAUACUUCCACAGGGCUGCUUCCUUACCAGGAGUCCGCCGCUUCUGAUGCCAGAGGGGAAGUCAUUAGGCAUGCGCCCUUCUCGUUUCCUCUAAAGCUUGUCAGAUGGGAUUCAAUAUACUUUGUGCAUAUUGUGCGGGAUGGCUAUGUCUUCGAACAAGAAUGGGCAUUUGGCUAUGGUUACACUAGAAUCCUCUCCUUUCUAACAUCUGGUACAUACGCAAAUGCCGUCUCUCAUAUUGCCCAUUACGUUUCGAUAUUGGCCAUAUACGGACUAUCCGUCAAUAUCUUUGGCCAUGGCACCACCUCAGGAAGGUUAAUCAGCCUUCUUGCUGCUACCUUACACAUUAUAUGCCCUGCUGGGGCAUUUCUCUCUGCGCCCUACGGAGAAUCAUUAUUCUCCUUUCUCAACAUUACUGGGUAUUAUCUAUAUUCAUGCUCCCUGCUUGAUGCCAACACUGGUAAGCGGGCGUCCAGCAAUGCGAAAAUGUUGCUCGCGGCCGCGUUGUUCUCAAUAGCUACAGCAGUCCGCAGCAAUGGGAUCCUUAGCGGAGCCUUAUUUGCAUACGACGCGCUGCUACAGUUGCGUAAGAUUAUCUCCCAAGGUAUAUCCGGGGGCAGUGUGCUUCGCCUGGGUGUCAUUGUGGUCGGUGGCUGUGUGGUAGCCUUGGGGCUCAUUGUACCACAGUGGAUUGCGUACACAGCAUUCUGCAGGUCUGACGAACCUUUGCGACCGUGGUGUGGGCAGCUCAUACCUAGCAUUUAUGGCUGGGUUCAGGUUCAUUAUUGGAAUGUAGGGUUCCUACGGUACUGGACAUUUUCCAACCUGCCUCUUUUUAUCCUGGCUUUUCCCAUGUUGUUCUUGUUGUGUCGCUCCUCUCUCUGGGCGUUAAAUAUAACAUGGCCAUCAGAUACAGCAACUCCAGUACUGACACGGCUUGCGGUGCCCAAUGGCCUACUUGCCGUGAUGGCUUUUACUAGCUAUCACGUUCAGAUCAUCAAUCGGAUAUCCUCUGGAUACCCUCUCUGGUAUUGGUACCUUAUAUGUCAGACAUUCGGCCAGGCUGCGGAUUCAAGUAGAGUUGCCAAGCGCAGCCAAACUUUCACGAUUGCGAUACAAGGGAUAGUGAUCUAUGCCAUUGUUCAGGCGGUUCUUUUUGGAUCCUUCCUGCCACCAGCUUAG